AUGAUGUCCCUUAGGUUUCUGGCACUUAAUGCCGUAGCAUCAUUUGUUGUAGCGUCUCCUGUGCCUUUCCCUAGGAGCUUUCACAUAUCUGUGAGGGAGGAUAGACCGUUCAACGCGAGUCUCCCUAAUGUAACCAUUUUCGCAACUGGCGGCACAAUCGCAGGAAGCGCGAGCUCGAGCGAUCAGACCGCUGGGUAUAAGGCCGGCGUGCUUGGCGUUGAUGGUCUAAUCGAUGCCGUGCCGCAGUUGUGGAACGUAUCCAAUGUCCGCGGGGUUCAAGUAACGAAUGUCGCAUCGUCAAGUAUCACACCCGAGAUUCUUCUCAAUAUAACACGGCAAAUACAGCAAGAGCUCGACAGCCCGACCUGCCAAGGUGUCGUAGUGACACAUGGCACCGAUACGCUUGAAGAAUCCGCCUUCUUCCUCGACCUAACGUUGCGUUCCGAGAAACCCGUCGUCAUCGUCGGCGCCAUGCGCCCCGCAACAGCUAUAAGCGCUGACGGGCCAAUUAACCUCCUCGAAGCCGUAACCCUAGCCGCACAUCCAGACGCCCGAGGCCGGGGCGCCAUGAUUGUGCUGAACGACCGCAUCGCGAGUGCGUUUUAUACAACCAAGAGCAACGCAAAUUCCCUGGACACAUUCAGAGCUGCUGAGCAGGGAUUCCUAGGCUUCUUUUACAAUAUCAAGCCCAAGUUCUACUUCAUGCCUGCACUGCCGCACGGGAAGCCGUAUUUCGACGUUGGUAAUGCGACGAGCCUUCCGCAGGUUGAUGUCCUGUUCGGCCAUCAGGGACUUAACCCCACUCUGGCGUCUGCGGCUGUUGCAAGUGGUGCUAGGGGUCUAGUCCUUGCUGGCAUGGGAGCGGGAGCAUGGACUUCGAAGGGUUCCGAUGUUAUUGAUGAUGCCGUAGAGAAGAGUGGCACAAUUGUGGUUGACUCGCGACGAUCGAUGGAUGGUUACGUCCCACCAUACGGCCCUGGUGGAUAUGGAGGUGGUCUUCUAAAUCCCCAGAAGGCCCGCAUCAUGCUGCAAUUAGCAUUGAAUGCCGGAUAUACGAGUGCUCAGAUGCAGACUUUAUUCGAGUUUGAUGGUUAG